AUGGCCGACGGAGCCGCCAUCGAGACCCCCUUUACCCUCGCUUCCCUACCGAAGCCCUUUGAUCCCACCGUCGGCAGCACCUACGCCGCUCCGGUCUUUGGACUUCGCGCUCAAAAAUGGAGAAAGAGACCUGAGAUUGUCGCAAGUGUCGACGGAGACAGCAUCACCAUCUACAAUGUGCGUAAUCCGCGCUUAGUCACAUCGUACGCUCUUCCUCCCCAGAGCCGCCUUCUCUGCGCGCCAUGCUCCAUCUAUCGCAAAAUCACUGGCCGUAAAGCCGCCCAGAGAGCCACUUACGCCGUUCUCGCCAAUGCCACUGGAAAGAAGACCGAGCUCAUCUGCUUCACUGAGGAUACCAUUGCCGACUCGACUGAUCUCUCGGCCGACCAGCAGGUCAAGACGAGCUACCAACUUCCCACAUCGACCAGUCCAGUCUUCGCCAUCCACGCUCUCGCCUCGCACUCGGACAACGAUGCUCUGGGUCUCGCUCUGGAUGUUGCUGUCACCUACGCCGACGGAAGUGUCGAGUGUAUCGCUGGCGACCUCCAGCAGAAGAGGUGGGAUGCAGAUGCUGCUCGCGCCAUUGCCGUCGUCGACUCCGAUGCUGCGCCUUCAGCCGUCAAGGUCGAGUACGCCACUAUCACCGAUGUGACCUCAGCAAAGAAGGGACUGCUCAAGAACAGAGAGGACGCUCUCGCUCUGAUCGGAGGUGCUGUCAGCCUGGACCCAUCUGUCGAACUCAACACGCCUCUUCUCGCUCUGGUCACUGUCGAUGAGGAAGAGCUCCGCCGCUUCAACUUAUUCUCUCUGCCCUCUAGGUCAAAGGACAUCAUCACUAGCGCUCACCAAGGUCUUCGUCACCUUUUCAGCUACGAGCUGCCUACAUCGUCUUCUUCCGACAAAGCAACUUUCUCCCUGCAGUCAUCCGCUGGCAAGCUGCAUCAACUGCUCUGUGGCGUCAUUACUACCUAUGACUUGUCUGGCACCGUUCCCCGUAUACUUUCCGUUCUCACUCCUCACACCCAGGCUCAUCAAAGCUUUGUUCGUAUCUCGGCUGCCCUGGUCCUUGCUGCAGAGUCCACCUCGUGCGCCAUUUACGAUACUAAAUACAGCUCUCUCCAGGCCGCUCUUUCUCUUGAGUCCGACCCUCUCGAGUCCGCUGGUGACAAGAGGAAGAGGACCGAUGGCGCUACCGAGGGCUCUCUCAACUUCGUCACUUUCUUCUCUGACCUUGGCCUUGCUGUUGCUCUCUCCGGAAAUGCUCUCGUUGGCCUGCAAAUUAAUCUUUCAGCGACUGCUUACAAGAAGUCUAAAGCCAACACCAGUCUCCUCAUCAACUCACUUGGCAAGGGAUCCAAGAAAGCCCUCGUUGCCCCGCCUAACUCUGAAGCAUCUGCGCAAGAUUGGGAGAGCUGGAAACAAACGGUUGAUUCGCUUAUCGACUCAGACGUAGCAGCACUCGAGCGUUUCCUUGCCGCUGAGCUCGAAUUGUCCUCGGCACCUAAGCAUUACAAAUCGACCACUCAAGAACCUGAGGAGCUUGACGAAGACAACAGGAUGUGGCCUGUCAGAGACGCCAGAUUCCUUGUUCAAAAGACCGAGAGGCGCAAAGCAGUCUACAUCCUCAGCAAGAUGUUCACCUGGAUUGUAGUUCCCGACAAAGGCCAGAGCUCCAUUUCCAUGAACUUUUUCACGGCCAAUAUCUUCAGAUGGCUCGCCGUGACCGGCUACAUGUCUGCCACGGCUGUCGAGCGAGCUUUACGCGAGACUGGCGCCAUUCAAUCAACAGCCUCGAGAGUCCGCCCAGGUGAUAUCAUGAAAGCAGUCAACGAGCUUGACCCGGAGAUGCAUGUCAUGCACGAAUGGCUAAGCUGGCCUGUGUACUUGGAGAUUGAAGAGGUCAUUGUAGCUCUUGCCUCUCUUGUGGACUCUCUCGAGGACCCAAGCCCUACUGCUGUCACCAAGCUCAUCACUAGCAAGAGCGAAGAGUCUAGCGUCGAAUUGGAGACUACCAUCCAGGCUGAGACUGAUGCUGCUGAAGCCGAUCUUGAGUUUGCUCUUUCAGCUCUUGACAGCGGUCUCAGUGUUCGCAGCGCUUCUCUCCGUACUGUUUUCACUCGCCUGCAUUCCUUCCCCUCGCGUAGCAUUGUUGAAAGGCUACGAACUCACCUUGCACCUCGCGAAGUUGUCUUCUUCAUCCAAAUCCUCCGUAUCGAGCUUGCAGAUGGAGGUUGGACGUCCAAGUACACCGAUAGCGAUCUCGCCCACAGACCUGAGGAAGCAGGAUCACCUAGCGACCACUCAAUCGCCAUCAUCAGUAACCUACUAAACUGCGCCAUUGAUGCUAUUGGAACAUCUGGCUGGCUCGUAGGCCUCAGCGGAGAUCCUGAUCUCCAGACUGACAAUAUGCUGGAGACUCUUGUCGUCGAGACUAGUGCCGCUCUUGAGACCUGUAUCGAAGCAUGCAGCUUCGGUGUCUUCUUGAACGACUUUGAGCGAUUCAGCAACACGAUCCACGCCUCGCAGAAAUCGAUGGCGAUCAAGAAGGUUGACCCCAUCAAGACUCCUGGUUUCGAAGAGACACCUCUCGCCGUGGAUCCUGUUCUUCCUCUUGGCUACAAGGCUCAAGGACCUGCCAAUAAGAUGCGUAUGACUAGCACAGGUCAAGUCGAGAAGAGCAGAGGUCUUCGUGGUAAGGAGCUGUCCAUGCGUGUUGGCAAAUAUUCGUUGGACAGAAUCGUCGUCUAA